GACUUGUUUUUCAACAUUCUAGAACAUCGCAGUAGUUGAUAUAUAUAAGGAAAGUCGAAUACCAUCUAGGUACAGUAAAUGAUUUGAAAUAAAACAAGAAAAAUCAAAAUGAAGAUAUUGAUCGCAAUCGCUGUACUGCUCAACGUAUAUGGAGUACUAUCCGAACCACACAUAUUCAACAGACAUGACUUCUCUCAACCACUUGGGGAUCCGCAUCCCAGGCGCCAUCACGAACAUCGCAGCCACCAUCACAAUGAAGGUUCAGUUUUGACCACAGAUGAGCUUGCUGAAGUCCUGCUCUCAUUGCCAGGUUCAUUGGGUACAGAAGCUUACAAAACUUUCCUAGCUUUGGGGCGAUUUUUACCAGCUGAUACCAAAGCGCAUAAAUUUUUCACCUCUAUACCAAAAGCCAUCAGGAGGAAAUCUAAUGAUCAAUUUGCUGCUGUGCCAACCAUGCCAAAUAUGCCCAGUGUGCAGUUCUCUCCUAAUUCGAUGUUCAUGAUGCAGCCAGCUGGAUACCACAUGGUGCCUUUGCCUUUACACCCGAUGUUCUCGUCUUCUCCACUCGAUUAUGUGACUCGUGUUCCAUGCCGUCACACUAAAGUCAUUCGUGUACCUAUGCAUACGUUUGAUGUGCAAAUAUCUGCAAUCACACGCAAAUUCAGCCCUUCAAACAACUCAUUUGAUGCCGGUGAAAGUGAUGAUGAUGAUGAGGGUGAUGAUAGUAUGAAUUCUGGUUUGAAAGAUUUGCUGGACUUAAUUUCUUCAGAUGAUGAUGGUGAUGAUGUUGAUGGGAUCUCAGGUGACAAAAAGAGCUCAGAAGAAGCUGAUGUAAUUGACAGUCAACCAGAAAAUGAUGACAGUCCAAAAUUAGACGAUUCAGAAAGUGAAGCACCAUCUUCGACAACUGAUCCUAAUGAAGGAAACCAAAACACACCGGUUGAAAACGGUGCUGAUGAACUGCCUAAAGAAGCAACUGAAUUGCCUAAAGAAGAAGAUGCACAGAAAGUAGAAGAAAAUCUACAAUCUGUAGGAAAUGAAUCCAAAACAGGACCAGCAGCUGGAGAAGGAGAUGGACAAACAACAGCUCCAGUAUCUGAAGGAGGAGAUGGACAAACAACAGCUCCAGUAUCUGAAGAAAUGGACACAUCAGCACCACCAGCACCACCAACUGAAGGAACAGAAAUAGAAAAUGCACAGGAACCUAAAGCAGAAGAAGUUGAACCAGUAAAACAGGAAGGCUCUGUAUCAAAUGAAACUCAAUCACAAGAAGUUGAAUCUGUUCCAGCUUCCCCUGCAAAACCUGACAAAAAAAAGAAAAAGAAACCAGCGACAAAAAAAGGUAAAGCAGCUGCAGAAGCAGAGACUGAACCAGCUUUAGAAGAGCCAGCUCCAGCUCCACAAGCUGAACAAGAUGAAGAUUUGAUGGAAGAUUCAUCAAAACCCAUUCAAACUAAAAAAGGCAGAAGGAAGAAAACCAAGCAGCAACAAUAAAUUUAUAAGCAAGUAGUUUUCUAGGAGUCUGUAGUUUUGGAUUCGAAUUUGUACCAGAGAUACAUAGUUAUAGUAUAAUCAAUAAUAUUAUGAAAUAAAUUAAGUACAUAUUUUGCGCAUUA